AUGGCUCCUGCAAUCCACGAUAUGCCUACCGGCCAAACAAGUCUGCCACCUGCUUGUAAUAUCGGCAUCAACGGCUUCGGUCGUAUUGGUCGCAACGUCCUCCGGGCUGCUCUCGUUCGAUCUGAUGUCCAGGUCGUCGCGAUCAAUCACACUUGCGUCACCGUCCAAGACCUUGUCUACCUGGUGCACUACGAUUCUUCGAUGGGCAACCUGGACGAGCGAGUCGAUAUUCAAAUCCUGUCAGAUACUCUAAUUACUAUUGAUGGAAAGCAGAUUGCUCUCACAUCCGAGCGGGACUUGAAGAAACUCGACUGGGCUUCCCUGGGAGCUGACUACGUCCUUGAAUGUACGGGUAAAUUCACGAAGCGAGACCUUGCCAUGGAACAUAUCACCUAUGGUAACGCCAAGCGCGUACUCAUUUCCGCGCCCAGCUCAGACGCACCCACCUUUGUCUACGGUGUGAACUCCCAUAAUUACACACCCAGUGAAGAGUGCCGUGUUAUUUCCAACGCAAGCUGUACAACCAACUGCGCUACUCCUGUCCUGAAGGUUCUUCAGGAAUCUUUUGGCAUUUAUCAGGGCUUUUUGACCACUAUUCACGCUGCUACUCGAUCCCAGCAAGUCCUGGAUGGGUACAGCAAGAAAGAUGUUCGUCUAGGACGUGGCGUUUUCAACAAUAUAAUUCCCGCUACCACCGGCGCUGCCAAGGCCGUUGCAUCCGUGUUGCCCGAGUUGAAGGGAAAGGUGACCGGUGUCUCCAUUCGUGUUCCUACACCCAACGUCUCCAUGAUCGAUCUCACAGUCAGCACUGAAAAGCCCACUUCCCUCGACAAAAUCAUUCACAAAUUCCGUCUCGCAGCUAAAUCGGAUAUGGCUGGCGUGCUCAGAGUCGCGGACCAGGAGCUGGUCAGCAGUGACUACAAUGGCAGCCCUUACAGUGCGAUCAUUGACGCCCCUGCGUGUGCAGAACUCAACCCUCAAUUUUUCAAGAUCAUGGCAUGGUAUGACAACGAGUGGGGAUACUCAAACCGAUUACUUGAUAUGACGACUUUGGUGCAUGCUCAGGAGGCUAAGUGA